AUGUUCUGGACUGAGACGUUUCGUUUUAACGUAAAGUGGAUUGUGUCUGAAUCGGCAUGCUCUAAAAUCCACAAGACCGGAACACAAAAUUUGAGGGCGGCAGAUAAACAAGGGGCAUCAUGGUCUUUGUGAAACAGGUGAUUAGGUAAAAACACAAAUAGAAAGCCUAACCCUAAUCUGUACCUUCUUUUUUCUCAAGGAUUGUGAGCGAUUUAUAGUCAAGUGUAAACGCUCCAGCUGUGGUCAAGAGACGACCCUUGAACUCCUCUUUAAAGGCGCCGUAAGUACACUUUUAACAGUUAAUGUUCAUUUACAGUUUAACAUCAAAUGAUAUUAUUUCCUUCAGUCAUAGAGCUUAUAAUUUACACUAUUCAGGGGUAUAAGGUUAAGCACAUUCAAUGCAUGAGUUAUAGCUGAACAGGGAUCUGUAAAUUAAAGUCAAAUCCGCAAUUUUCCAUUUUCGAAAACCAGCAAUGUCGAUCCCAAGCCUUUAGCAGAGGUAGGUGUAGUUUAUGCUCUGGAUUAAGGAUUACCAACAGGGAAAAGGUACAUAACAGUUCAAAAACAGAUUUAACAAGCUUUUAAAACAUUUAUAAUUGUUGUUUUUAUUGAAGCAACCAAACGAAGCACAUUAUAAGGUUGCUAUAGUUGAAAAACCACAAGUGCACAACAUUUGUGGAGAUACACUCGUAGUUACAGAAGUUAUGGCAACUUAAAGCUCUUUAAAGUUUAAACUUUUUAAAAUUCGUUUAGUAAGAUAAGGUCCGAAAAUUGAACGUAUAAAGUUUUAGGUCUAAAAUAAAUACUUCGCACCUUUUUUUUUUGUAGUCGAACGCACUGGCAGUCAACGAUUCAUGUCCCGGAUGUAACAACCAGUACAGCGCGGGCGCAGUUUCCAACCAGUUGAACAUUGCCAUGCGCAGACACAUCAAGGAAUACUACAUGGUAACUGAAGCAAUUUAAGUGCUUACUUUUUGCAACUGCAAUUGUAUACAGUGGAACCUCGAUUUAAAUAAGUGCCAAGGGACUGGGGAAAUUUUUUCGUUAUAUCGAGGGUUCGGUAUAUCGAAAACCUCGGUAUCACCUCGACACAAGUUUUAUCCUUUCGCAUUCAUCUUUAGCUAUCUUUCGGUCACAUGCUGACAUUUAUUCAUUAUAUCGAGGUAUAUUUUACGUUUGCGUUUCUGGAUUGUGUUCGUUAUAACGACGUUUUCGUUGAAUCGAGUUUCUGUUCCAUACAUUUUACUGUAAUUUUGGCCGGGCUGAUGAAAAUCGUUCUUUAUACCGAGGAGGACUUCGUUAUAAAGAGGUUCGUUACAUCGAAGUUCCACUGUAAUAAAAAUAACAAAGCAACUCGUACGGCUUUUUUCUGGGCUAUACACCGAGGAGCAAGAAUUAGCACUUAGUCGGUUAGAGCACGGCCUUCUGAGCAGGAGGGUCCGAGUUUGAUUCCCAGAUGUGACCCCAUAUCCUUCUUUCAUUUUCUUUCCUUUCCUUGUAGCUUUAAGUAGCUUUAAAAACCCUUAAAACGGAGCACUGAUGGAGAGCAGGGCCCAGUUGUUCGAAGGCCGAUUAGCGCUCACCCAGGGUUAAAUUUUAACCUGGGUUUCUUUUUCUUUUGUUCAAAAGCAUUUUCCCGGGGAAUUUUCUCUCUUUUUUAGAGCGUCCAAUCAUCAAUUGUAGGCAAAAAGAAUUUGCUUCUCAAGGUUUCAUAUGUGAAAUCAAGUUUCGCACUAACCCCGGGUUAACUUAACCCUGCUUUGAACAACCCGGCCCAGGAAGUAAAUAUGAGCUAACGACGUAAGCUACGGAGGAUUUUUAUACCUCUACCUAUUUAUAUGCACUUCUUGCUUAAAUGGAUAAUACAUCCUCAAAUGCGACCUUUGUUGGAGUAGCAAGAAUGCGACCAUCAGCAAGUGUCGUACCCGAGAGGGGUUUGAUGAUGAUGCCAAUCUUAAGGAUAUUUUCCUCAGUUUGUAAAAGACCUUUUUAGCCGUAUGUUUUGUUUUCCCAAUUUAGACCCUUGACCUUAAAUUGUACAAGAAUUGUUUGUUAACCUUGCCUAAACAAGUUUGUGCGUGCUCUGAAGUAACAAUACUAAGAAGGCUGUGAACAGUCUCUUUGUUUGAAAAUUCCUUUGUUAUUAUGUUGUUGAUUUUUAUCCGGCUUUGAAGACAUAGGAAUCAGAACUAACCCACAUUAUAACUAAUCGCACAGGGUUGGCAGAAAUGCGAGGACCCGUCCUGUGGUUACAGCACACGUCAAGUACCCCUGACACGACAACGAGGCGCCCCUAUGUGCCCACAAUGUUUCAGGGCCCACUUGCAUGCAGUGGUGAGUAUAAAACUAAAACAAAGACAACUAUGACCGUGCAAAAUUUUUCUUUGACUCUGUUGGUAUUAUCAGCUAAAACUAUGUUCAAACGGACAGGGUCAACAAUGUUUAAAGUUGUUACGUCCGUGUUUGCAGUGGAUUGCACACGGAUGCAACAACUCCCAACAAUGUUAGUACCUGCGCUGCAUCGUGGGAAGGAUACAACCCAUACGACUUUGAGAUCGAAGACCAUGUGUAAUCCGCGUGCGUGGCCCCAACAAUUUAACAUUUCGUGGUCCAGCUCCUUCAGUGGUUGCCAAUUUGUUUUGUUUUCAGUACUCCGACACAGCGCUGUACACUCAGCUAUUGUAUUUCUCCCGCUUGUUUGACUUCGAUCACGCCAUGAAAAAUGCAAAAACAGGUCAGUAUUUUGAGUAAGUGCCGAGUGUGAGUAAAAACGUUAUUUACCCACGGUAGUUUCAUCAAAUAACUUAACGAUAAAGUAUCUGUUCUUCUCAAAAGCCGUGCUUAACAAAUUAAAUAACAUAAAAAUAUGUUAAUUUCUGAACCUAAAGCGGCUAAGAAGAGAUCGCACACUCUAUAAACUAAGAAAGGAGAGAAUUUAUAAUGGUUGACUGAGAUAGUAUGUACGACCUGAUCUUCGCCUUGAAUUUUGCAGAAAAGUCUCUUUUUUUGACCAAGAAGGGAGGGAACCCCAAAGCUCAACAGCCGCAAAAGCAAAACUAUUCUUAAAAUAGUUUGUUCUUGCUUUGGGCAGGUAGAAGAACAACUUAACCUUCAAGGGUUGACGUAAACCCGAGCGCCCAUUUCUUGCGUCAAGGCUUACGUUUCUCCUUACGUUCGCUUUUUACGCGUGUGAACGGGGACAACUCAAACGCAAGCACAAUUGCAAGGUGGAAAGGGCUCAACUGUCAUGUUGGGUUACAGAAUGAUCACGUGCCUUUUUGUAUCUCUGUGCCUGUGUUUGCGUUGGACGUGGGAACUUGUCUGCCUCAUUCCUAGGCGUCUCAAGUGUGUUUGGAAAACGGAACACGCGACUUCAAGCGAGAGUAUCGCGCAAUGAACCAUGGAACGUUUAGCGUUGACGCAAAGGGCGCUGGGAAGGGUGAACGCCUUUCCCAUGAUACUAUGAUCCAGUCGCUCUCCAAUCCGCCAGAACGCACCUGGGUACGAGGCAAGGAACUUGUACUUCCGCUGGCAAAACAAAUAUUAAAUGUUUCCAAGGAAGUUGUAGAAAGUGCAACUUUUGUCCACACCAUAGAAUAAAAAAAAUCUUUAUUAUUAUUAUUAUUACUAUUAUUAUUAUUAUUAUUAUUAUUAUUAUUAUUAUUAUUAUUAUUGACUCAUUUAUUUGAUUUGACCUUUAAACAAUCUGUUCAAAUUCUUUUCGUCUGUUCUUUUUUUUAGCUGUGGGCGUAACACAGACUACGAAGUCAUUUUACAAAGCUGUGCACUCAUUGAUUACCAAAGUCCUAACUGCUAAUGGUUACUCUGAAGUGAACUUUUCGAAAUUGUUUAGUAGUUUCUUCGUGUAG